GAUAGAGACGAUGCUUAUUCACUUGACGAUCUAUUUGGUGGAUUCACUUUUCAUAGGCCAGAAGAAGUGUUUGCUCACUUUUUCGGUGGCAUGGGUACACCUUUCUUUGACAGUUUUCAUCACUUUGGGCCGCCUAUGCAUGAUCCCUUUCAUUCGAUGAUGAGCCCCUUUUCUCAUCCCUCACCAUUUGAUAUGAUGUACAACAUGCGUGCACCUUCGCCGUUCAUGCAUCCCGGUUCUUCAUCGAUGAGAUCAUCCAUGUUUGAUACACAUAGUCAGAUGGGACAAGGAGGAUACUCCAAAUCAGUAACAACAACAACCAGAAACGUUAACGGAAGAAUUGAAACAGUGACUAUUACUAAAAUUACAGAUGAAAAUGGUACAAGGGUAACUGAAGAAUACGGAAACGGCGCACAUCAACAAGAUAGAAUAACGAGCGGUACAAAUCUGUCGUCUUCGUCAGGACAAGAACAAAGGUUACUUACGCAGGAUACUUAUUUUAGGCAGCAACAGUUUCACCAGGAUCAGGUGGUAAAUGAUACAAUAGAAAGACCAUAUUUAUUAAAUCAUUAUUGUCAAUUACCCUAUUAUCCACCGUUCCCUCACGCCUACUCUUCUUUCCCCCUUCCCCCUCCACCUUUCCCUCUACAACAACACUCACAUUCACAUUCAAUGUUUUAUCAUUUAUAAAGAGAGCAAUUCUUUUUUAUAGACGUUGACCAACUUUUC